GAGUAGUUUCGCUGUAGGUUUUCUUAAAUAAAUUUAGUUCUAAAUCGAUAAUCGAUCGAAAUUUUGCGAUAAGAUAAAAAGGUGUUUUUUACUGAUACAAUGUGUUUUACUGUUUUUUCAAAUUUAAUUCUUUUCUCUUUCUACAUAAAGUUGUUGACCUCAACGCUUAGCAUUAUUAUGACAUACUUUUGAGCAAGGGUCGCUUAGAGUUACUUCCAAAAGUAGUUUGAGCACGUGACUGGUCAUCAAAGUGACUAGUUUUUGUCUUUUAUCCUUUCAUGAAAAAAGAUUUUAUGAUCGUGCUACGCGUAGUUCUUGUGCGACUAAGAUGCGUUAUAACGGGUAAAACUUACGAAUAUCGGUGACUUAUUAAAAACGUAAUUUUACCAUUCUAUAAGUCAUUCAAUACGUGUUAAUCGCAAGCAACGGUAAUAACUUAUUUCUCUUAUAUAAAUGUAAAGUGUUCCUAUCGACAAAUAGUAUUUAGGUAAAGCAAAAUCUAAUUUCUAUUAAUUUCUAUCUUGUCUGCCGACAAUACGAGACAAAAUAAUAGAUAGUAACUCGCAAAAAUUGUAAAGCUGGAAAAGAAAUAUGUAACAUGAGAAAGACAGAAUUGUGAUAGGUAUGUAUAUAAUCUUUAAACCGUGAUAAAAUUUAAAUGAUAUAGAAGAAUAAGAGAGGGAGAAAAGCUGAUAACACUAAUGUUAUUACAAAUUCCAUAAUUUCUUGCUAUUUUUCAAAAUUGCAAACUUUCGGUAAACUUUUUGUGACAAAUAACGAACAAUUGUUCGCAAUCGAGGAUAUUCGUGAUAAUACGAAAAUUAAGGUGUCUCAUACCAUCGGUUUUUAUGUCAUUUUAAAAAAAUUCAUGGCUUGAAGCGGGAAAGAUAUAGUAAUAGCAUCAGUGGACAUUUCAAAAACAAAGAGUUAAUUGGAAACGUAAACCACGAGAAAAGGCAAGGGAUGAACGAGGAUAUAUCGGGAGACGUUUUAACGUGGCAGUUAUCAGUAUUGAAACGUGUUUGUACUCUCCAGAUCGCAACUGUUGUACAGCAUAUUCUAUUUCAUAACCAUCAAGAUCUUUUGUCUUAUUAGAAUCGUCGUUCUUGCAACCGUUUGUACAUUCGUCUGUCGUCAUUUAGUUGAUCGGUUUCGUGUCUUUGUACUAAUUGUAAGAAGAAUCGUCAUACAAAAAGCAUCGUCAAAUUUAAGUGAACCGUAAAUAUAUUUCAAUGUUUUGUAUUAAGGAAAAUCUCUAAGGAUAUUCGAUAGAGUUUAUAUUAUGUGAAAAAAAGGAAAGAAGCUUAAAACGGAAAUGAAAAACAAUCGUAUUAUUGAUAAAACGUUUAGUUGAUGGCACUUAGAAUCGUAUCGGAUAUCUAAUGGAGUUGACAUCGAGGGAAAAGAAGGUGACUUUCGAAGGUCGCAAAGUCAGAGUCUAAAGAGUUAUCACGCGAUAAUGUCGUAAUCUGCCCGACUGUCCAAUAAUCUGUUUUUAGUGCAGUGGUAGUAAGAAUCGCGACAAUUCGCGAAUCGGCCGUUUCAUCGUGGAUUAUUGGAUGUACUGUCAUCAAGAAUUGCUUUUCAUAGACUAGCGUCGUAGUUUUGCAGAUUUUGGCAGUAGUUGCUGACACUUCAUUGUCAUCUUAUUUCAGACGUUCGAUUAAAGAAUGUCGAAGAAACAAUGGUUGGUCCUGUUGAUGCUGUUUUUGACUUACUUGUUGCUAGGUGCUUCCAUUUUCUACCAUAUCGAGAGUCGCCUAGAAAUCGAACGCGUCGAAGAAGCCAAACGUGAACGCAUCGAAAUUAAUGCUUUACUUCACGCACAUUAUGUGCCUAAUCUUAGUCACGAUCACGAUGAAAUUCUUGGAAAAUUGACACGGUACUGUGGAAAGUCGGUUUAUAAUUAUACCGAUGGUGAGACGGAUCCUCUUAAAUGGGAUUUUUAUAACAGUUUCUAUUUUGCUUACACCGUCGUCAGCACGAUAGGUUACGGGAAUUUGGCUCCGACGAACAUGCUUGGCCGCAUCCUGAUGAUAUUUUACGGUCUGAUAGGGAUACCUAUGAAUGGGAUUUUGUUAACACAACUAGGAGAAUUUUUUGGGCACGUAUUCGUCAAAGCUCAUCAGAAGUACAAAUCGUACAAGAGUGACCAUAAUGACUAUUAUACCAGAAAAUUAACAACGUUCGAAACGGGAAAAGUUGGGUUGACUGCACAGAUAUUCGCUCAUUUGUUGCCAGGCUUCGUCAUGUUCAUCUUUUUCCCGGCAUUUGUCUUCUCCCAUUACGAGGGCUGGAGUUACGACGAAGCUGUUUACUAUGCUUUUGUCACAUUGACAACCAUUGGUUUCGGAGAUUACGUGGCAGGACAGGACAAUAGCAAGGGUAGCGGAUUUUUCUUUAUGUUAUACAAGACCUUCCUGAUCUGUUGGAUUUCGUUUGGACUGGGAUACACUGUCAUGAUUAUGACGUUUAUCGCACGAGGUAUGCGCAGUAAGAAGAUUACUAGAAUCGAGCAUAAACUAGCGAUCAAUUUGAAGCAUACACAAAGUAAAAUCUGGAACGAAUUUAACAAGGAGAUAAACUACCUGCGUCGUGCUUUCAACGAGUUACAGCUAUCUAAGGUCAAGAGAGUAUAUAUCGAUGAAUGUAAUUAUGAGAUUCCACCUUCGAAAUUUCCACGUAGCAAUAGCUUUCCUGAUCUUCGUGAUUUGCUCUAUGGUUCAAAAGAGAAAGAUAAGUUGUGUAACAGACCUCGACGUCGCGCCAACAGCGAAGUUGUACCGACGGAAGAUCAAAUAACUCGCGUCGUUUCUGAGACUGAUCUUCAAAGAAUCGACAAAACGGCAACAUUCGCAACUCAUGCGAUGGUUCAACCAGCAGAAUUGUUAGCAAGAUUGGUUAAUAUUCUUGGUUACAUACCACCAGCUACAGAGGAUACUGGAGCUGAUGAUUCGAAUCAGACAACUUUCGUUAGCCAAGAUAUCGGAUAUCGCGGUAACAGGCUCGAAGAAAAUAACAGUAAAAUAUAUUCGGAGGAAGGAGGAACUUACACGUCCAGUACUGGACCUGGACUCUGGACCAUCGGUCAUGAAAAAAUACCAGCAUAUCGCUUUGCUAAUCCUCGUCCAAGAGCGGCUAGUGAGAUCAGACUACACGAGACGAAGAAAGAAGAUCGAAACACGGAACGAACCUGGUCCGGUCCGACGGCAGCUAGAAAAAUUCAUGAAUUGAUGAAAUCGCGAAUAAGCGAAUCAUCUGGCAAGGAACAUGGCAUUAAAGAAAGAAGAUUUUCUAAACUUCGUAACUUUGCAUUAACAAGAUCUGUUUCCAAAGCACUGGUUUCAUCUGCUCCUUGGAAAGGUCGUUUCUCAAUGAGUUCAGAAAAAAAGAAUUCGGGGUUAGAUCACGAGAUUAACAGAGACACCGGACAAUCAUUCCCAUUGGGAUCGGUAGCGAUCGAUGAUAGACGAGACUCGACCACUUCAAAUCUACGGAGACAUUAUUACACUCACACUGGUGCAGGUAGCAAUCUUAAUACAGAAAAUACUAAUAAUUUGCUCGAGGAAACCAGUUUAGCCGAUUUUUUGAGAGCCCUCACUGCUCUUCAUGCGAGCGUCGUUACGAAUGGCAGUUGGACCUCAGCUACGAACACGGAUCAGAAUCAACGUAAUCAACCUCGAAGAAAAAUGGGCACCGCUUCCUUGACACCGCCGAAACUUCCCAGUUUGUUCACGUUAUUUUCGCCUUCUCCGCCUACAUCGACAACUCAAAGUAAUCAAAAUACGAUUACGCAAGAGUUUAAUGUAAACUCGAACGAAAACAAGCUCCCUUGGCCUCAAAACCGACGAGAGUCGAGAAGAGGUAGUUUGAUAUUCGUCGCACCUACUACUACAAAAUCGAGAAGAUUUUCUUUAAGACCAGUAGCGACACCCAUUAGUCCUCCAACGCCUCCGAAGAACGAUACACCAUUCUUAUCGGAUUCACAACAAAGUCCAUACGAAAGUAGAUCAACGUCCUUGUUUGAAUCACUUAAAGAACCUCUUAUCUCAACAGAGAGAGCACCGGGACUUUCAACGCCAAUAAAAUCAUUUUUAAACGAUCGGCGUUUCUCGCUACGACCUACUCAAAAUCCGAACGGAUGUUUAAUAGAUAAUAAUCCCGCCGCUCUCGUUCCUACGCUCAAAGCUGUACCUCGUUGGAAGGCUGGGAUGUUACAACGACAAAUCAGUCAAAUGAAUCUUCGACGUCGAGCCAGAGCCUUCAGUUUGAGCGACGUUCACGCUGAAGAUCUCAAAGAAAGAGCCGAGCCUUUUGAUCUAUCGUCCAGUAAUUGCAAGAAACAUAACUAUGAUGCAAAAGAAUAUGGUAAAAAUAUAUCUCCGAAUAAACCCGAUAGAAAAGAUUUGAAAAGUGACGGAUUCGCAAAAUCCACUGAAAAUUCAGAUCAGUUUGCAUCUUCGGUUUGUACUUCAGCUGAACGAUAUUCGUCGUUUUCGCAAGAAAGUGCUUUAACGAAUUCUGUUCGACUCGAAGAAAAGAACGUGCGAAUUUUUGAACCACACACUCAAUCCAUUUCAAGUAUAGCCUCGAUCGAGAAUAUCAAUCAUUUGAACGAACAUACUUCUUGUCCCCCGUUAGAUAUAUACAACGAAGAAAAAUUCACUUCAUCCAACACAGAGAAACAGGAAUUACAGGAAUCAUUAGUGGAAGUGAAAAUAGAGAACCCCAUUACGAAUAUCGUUCGUAAUCCUUUUACAGCUGACGUUUCUCUAAAUAAUUCGCUUGAUUCACUUUCAGAGCUGAAAGUCGAAAAGCAUGGAUCGCACUUGCCUAUUAAUAAAUCGUGACAUGCGGUAUUUGCUGAACGUCAAACUUACAUAUAUCUGCACUCAUUUUACAGUCGGACUGUCCUUCGGACUGUAUCGAACUACAGCAAAUCUCAGAUGAUAAAUGAAAGACCAAACGACGAUAUGAUGAUAAACAAGGAACGAAGAAUUUAUAUGUAUAUACAUUGUACAGAAAUUUUUAGUCUUUAGUCAUUGUACAGAAACUUGUUUCCCAAAAGCUGUCGCUUUCUGUUAUGAUCAAUUUCAAGGAAACAAAAGAUUGAAAUUUAAAUUGGAGAAGAGAGAUUAUUGCAAAGAAAAAGAGAGAACGUUCUUUUCUCGUUAUAUCAUCGAUAUCAAUAUAUUAAGUUUCUUUAAGUAUCCCUACUUUUACUGUUAUACUUAUUUACUAGUUUUAUUUCCUACUCUUUUCUUUUGCUUUCUUUCACUGCUACAAAUGACCAUUACAAAAACGAAAAUGGACGUCGAGUUGUCACGAUUUCUAAAUGAGAUGAUAUUUCGCGAAAAAUUAUUUCGAAGAUCUAGUAUUUUUGAUACCCAUGUACUUUUAUUCAAUCAUUCGAUACAAUAAAUUAUGUAUAAUUUAAUUUACACAGGAA